UCCGCUGACGCUCAUCGCCACUGGUUUGAUCGAAUUCCUCCAUCUGAAAAGCUUUAAAAGUUUUCAUUUUUCCCGGAAACCAAUCCUGCCCACCACAGCAAAACCGCGGUUCCGGACAGGCUUUUCUUCUUGUUUUCGCGUUCGGAUAAUUUCUGGCGGGUUCGAGGGAUCUGGGUCGCCGAGAAAAUCCAUUUCUGGUUCAGGUUUUCGCCAUGGGCUCUCUCGGAAGCAGUCAGCCGAAGAUCAUCAAGGGUCCUGCCGGUUAUGUUCUCGAGGAUGUUCCUCAUCUCACCGAUUACCUUCCUGAUCUUCACACAUACCCCAAUCCAUUACAAGACAAUCCAGCAUAUUCUGUGGUCAAGCAAUACUUUGUUGAUGCAGAUGACACUGUUCCUCAGAAGGUCGUUGUCCACCGUGAUAGUCCAAGAGGAAUCCAUUUCCGACGAGCCGGGCCUCGUCAGAAGGUAUACUUUGAAUCUGAUGAAGUGCAUGCUUGUAUUGUUACCUGUGGGGGUCUGUGCCCUGGCCUCAACACUGUGAUUAGAGAAAUAGUUUGUGGAUUAUCGUACAUGUAUGGUGUCAAGAAGAUUCUUGGAAUUGAUGGUGGAUACAGGGGAUUUUAUGCGAAGAACACUGUCCCCUUGAACUCGAAAUUCGUCAACGAUAUCCAUAAGAGAGGAGGGACAAUCCUCGGGACCUCACGAGGCGGUCACGAUACCAAUAAGAUAGUCGACAGCAUUCAGGAUCGGGGAAUUAAUCAGGUUUACAUUAUCGGAGGAGAUGGAACACAGCGAGGAGCAUCGGUAAUAUUCGAGGAAGUUAGAAGACGUGGACUGAAAGUCGCGGUAGUCGGAAUCCCAAAAACGAUCGACAAUGACAUACCGGUGAUAGAUAAAUCUUUCGGGUUUGACACUGCCGUGGAGGAAGCUCAACGUGCUAUUAACGCAGCACACGUCGAAUCCGAGAGUUUCGAGAACGGUAUCGGCCUUGUGAAGCUCAUGGGUCGUUACAGCGGGUUCAUAGCGAUGUAUGCUACACUUGCAAGCCGAGAUGUGGACUGCUGCCUGAUUCCGGAGUCGCCAUUUUACCUCGAAGGAGAGGGCGGACUGUUUGAAUUCAUAGAGAGACGGCUAAAGGAGAACGGUCAUAUGGUGAUCGUCAUCGCCGAAGGGGCCGGGCAGGAGUUGAUGAUGGAAUCUUCGAACCUCGAGGAUGCCUCCGGAAACAAGCUCCUUAAAGAUGUCGGCCUCUGGAUAUCGCAGAGCAUCAAGGAUCAUUUUUCGAGGAAGAAGACGACGAUCAACCUCAAAUACAUAGAUCCGACAUACAUGAUCCGGGCUGUUCCUGGCAAUGCGUCGGACAAUGUUUACUGUACAUUGCUGGCUCAGAGCGCGGUGCACGGUGCCAUGGCCGGAUACACCGGCUUCACCAGCGGCCUCGUCAAUGGCAGACAAACCUACAUUCCCUUCUACAGAAUAACUGAGAAACAGAACAAGGUGGUGAUCACGGACAGGAUGUGGGCGAGGCUGUUGUCUUCGACGAACCAGCCCAGUUUCUUGAGCCCCAAGGAUGUCUCCGACGACGUGAAAUCAUCGCUGCCGGCGACUCAGCUUCUCGACGACAGUCACUGCAACGGCGUCGCCGAUGAUGUUCCUCCGGUGGAGACCAAAGAGAUUGCUCAGUGAAAACAGUGGUCGAGAGAGAGAGAGAGAAAUAAAAAAGGAAUUGACGAUUUUAUCCCUCUAUAGCCGAGGGAAAUUCUUGCUUUUUGGAAGUCUAGUUUUGUAAUUUCUAACACCAUCACCUCGGUGCGGCGAGGUAAAAUCCUGUACGAGGAAAUCUAUAUUUUUCACAGAAAUAAAAAGGAACGUGCGAUCAAAAACUGAAUUUCAUAA